UUGCAGAAAAAUGCCAGCCUACGACAACCAGGGCGCGACGAUAUCCUUAGAGGAUGUUCGUGACCCAGAAUUGAACGUUAGCACAAUACAUGAAGAAAUAACGGAAAGAAGGAAUCGGAUGCUCAAGCCUCAGAAGUCCACAUUGGCUUCUAGAAGAAAGCAAGCGGUCUGCGUUAGACGCGCUCACAAGAAGUACGGAACGACGAAAAAUCCUAACGUCAUUCUUGAUGGCUUGAAUAUGACUGUGCCGAAGGGUGCCAUCUAUGGUCUCCUUGGAGCUUCUGGAUGUGGAAAGACAACACUACUUUCAUGCAUAGUUGGGAGACGUCGUUUGAACUCUGGUGAAAUAUGGGUCCUGGGUGGAAGACCUGGGAGCCCUGGAAGCGGAGUUCCAGGUCCUAGGAUAGGAUAUAUGCCACAGGAAGUAGCGCUUUUUGGUGAAUUUUCCAUUCGUGAAACAAUGAUAUAUUUCGGUUGGAUCGCCGGCAUGUCAACGAAAGAAGUUGAAGAACGAAUAGAUUUUCUGAUAUCGCUACUACAACUACCAAACCAUACGAGACAAGUGAAAAAUCUGUCAGGAGGUCAGCAACGUCGUGUGUCUCUCGCAGCUGCCCUUAUCCACGAUCCUGAACUACUGAUCCUUGACGAGCCCACAGUUGGUGUUGAUCCUGUUUUGAGACAGAGUAUUUGGGAUCACUUGGUUGAUAUAACUAAAGGCGGAAGAACAACAGUCAUUAUAACUACACAUUAUAUUGAUGAAACUAAACAAGCUAAUAUUAUCGGCCUUAUGCGUGGAGGAAGAUUCUUAGCAGAAGAGUCUCCGAGUGAGCUCAUCGCAAGAUACCAGGCAGAAAGUCUUGAGGAGGUAUUCUUGAAGUUAUCAGUUCUACAGAACUUGGGCAAGAGAAGACGGUCCAGUAUACUGGCUGAUGUUGUGGAAAAAGUUGAAAUACCUUCAUUACCUGACCCAACCAUUGAUGUCGAAGAUCCGGAAAUUGGUGAAAUUUCUGGAGAGUUUGGAGACAAUGUGUCUAUGAGUAGCAAGGGUCGAGGUAUCGUCACUGAAUCUGUUGCGGUGGUGGAGGCCUUACCACCAGAAGAAAAACCAACCAUUAGAUUCUUAGAGAGAAUAAAACCCAUGAAAGCUCACCACAUGCAAGCAUUGAUUUGGAAGAAUUUUUGGAGUCUGUUCAGGAAUUUCGGAUUACUCUCUUUUAUCGUCGGGUUACCAAUUUCUCAAAUGGUCCUCUUCUGCCUCGCUAUUGGUCACUACCCUGUCAAUCUACCCAUCGGUGUUGUCAACUACGAAUUAGAAUCAAACGACACUGCCCUCUGUGACUAUAACAAGUUUACCUGCCCACAAGAUCGUGAAACUUGGGAAUGGAAUAUUACGAAUUUCAGCUGUCGCUAUUUGGACUUCCUGUCUCAAAGGCAGCCUAACCUGGUGUCCUUCCCAACAAAGGAAGUAGCGAUGGCUGAAUCAAUAAAGGGAAAAGCUCGUGCCGUGCUCGUGUUCCCAGCGAACUUUUCAACGAACUUGCAGGAACGCGUGCGGGACCCGAGACACGCAGACGAUUACACCGUCAUACAUUCAGAAAUCGAAGUACAUAUGGAUGAUACAGAUAAACAAGUGGAGUGGAUGUUGAACCGAGAUAUACAACUGGCGUUUAUGGAUGCAACGGAACACUUAAGUGAAAUCUGUGGUCUGCCGAAGAGACUGCUAUCUGUACCUGUUUCUUUCAACAAACCAAUUUUCGGUCUUGAGGUACCGAAUUUCACCGAUUUUGCUGGUCCAGGCGUUAUUCUCACGAUCAUAUUCUUCUUGGCGGUCGCACUAACAUCGGGUUCCAUGCUGGCAGAAAGAAAUGAAGGCAUCUUAGAACGCUCUCUAGUCUCUGGGAUUACAGGUACAGAGAUACUCUUCUCCCACGUGCUGGUUCAAAUGCUCGUGAUGAUGGUACAGACCGGCACCGUCCUUAUUCUGGGCUUUCUGGUCUUUGAUCUGACUAUCAAAGGAUCUGUUCUAUGGGUCCUGGUGCUGACCCUCAUCAAUGGUUUAUGUGGAAUGACUUUUGGAUUCGUCGUUUCAUGCAUAUGUGACACGGAAAGAACAGCGACUUAUCUUGCCCUGGGUUCUUUCCUGCCCAUGAUGUUGCUUUGUGGAAUUAUCUGGCCUGUUGAAGGUAUGCACCAAAUCCUCCAGUGGAUAAGUUACGUGCUUCCACUCACUAAGUCAACGGAGUCACUCCGAUCAAUGCUCCAAAGAGGGUGGUCCAUUAGUGUACCGACAGUGUAUUCAGGGUUCAUUUCUACCUCUGUCUGGAUUAUAGUAUACCUUAGUGUUAGUAUUCUCCUUAUAAAGUUCAAGAAAGGCUGAUAAGAAUCCAAAGCCUUUAACAUCAAAUUGUUAACUAAUAUAAUAAUUAUAACAAUUAUGCGUCAGUGCUUCUAGCUCUUUGCAAAUAUAUUUGACAGGUUUUUAAGUUGACGUCGUUAAUAUAUAACAAAAUAAUUAAUAGAAAUAAGUCUGUCUUACAAGUGACAUAGUUUCGUGUUUGAUUGAUAUUUGAAUCUUUGAUCGAACAAACAUAAAUAUCAAUUUUGCCGUUACUGUUAUGUCAGUACAUUAUAGAUUAGUUAUCUAAUAUAUAAAAUUCUCGUGUCGCGGUGUUUGUAGUAAAACUCCUCCGAAACGGCUUGAAAG